AUGUCGUCCGCCCGUCCCUCCGCUCCCGAGGUCCACAAGACAGUCAACUUGCUCAUCGACAAUCUGGUCAACAUCAAAGAUGAGAGCGGCAAAUUUCUCCUUCAUUUGGCCGACGGUCGCAUCAUCGACACCAAGUCCUGGCAAGGCUGGGAGUGGACACAUGGAAUUGGACUGUAUGGUCUGUGGAAAUACUACGAAUUAACCGGCGAUGAACGACUCAUCAAGAUUAUGGAAGACUGGUUUGCCGCACGCUUUGCGGAAGGCGGAACCACGAAGAAUAUCAACACCAUGGCGGUGUUCUUGACGCUCGCCUAUCUCUACGAGAAAACGAGGAAUCCAACCUAUCUGCCUUGGUUGGAUACGUGGGCCGAAUGGGCCAUGUAUGAAUUGCCUCGCACCCGCUACGGCGGGAUGCAGCACAUCACAUACAAUCGGGAACACUACCAACAACUAUGGGACGACACUCUGAUGAUGACGGUGAUGCCCCUGGCCAAGAUCGGAAAGUUGUUGAAUCGGCCCGAGUACAUCUCCGAGGCGCGAAGACAGUUCCUCGUGCACAUCAAAUACCUAUUCGACCCCAAGACUGGCUUCUUCUUCCAUGGAUGGACCUUUGAGGAAGGGGGCCACAACUUUGCGUCCGCUCGUUGGGCGCGGGGGAAUAGCUGGGUGACCAUUGUGAUUCCCGAAAUCAUUGAAUUGCUAGACUUGGAUGGCAACGAUCCGAUCAGACUGCAUCUGAUUGACACUCUAGAUGCGCAAUGUCGCGCUCUCCAGCGCGUGCAAUCCGAGUCAGGUGCCUGGCACACGCUUUUGGAUCACCCAGAUUCCUACCUGGAGGCUUCCGCGACCGCUGGAUUUGCCUAUGGCAUCUUGAAGGCUGUGCGCAAACGGUACAUUAGCGCUGAGUUCCGUCCCGUGGCGGAGAAGGCCAUUGCGGCGGUGAUCAAGGAUGUCGAUCCUCAGGGUGAACUUCUCAACACCAGUUUCGGCACCGGUAUGGGUGACAAUCUGCAGUUCUACAAGGACAUCCCCUUAACCUCGAUGCCAUACGGGCAGGCGAUGGCAAUUAUGGCGCUGGGCGAAUAUCUGCGCACAUACCUGUGA